UUAGACACUCCGACUUUACGACCGAUAUCAUUAGGUUAUGUUAUGAUUGUUAUUAUAAAUUUGCAUUAUUUAUUAUCCCCAUCCCUGUACAUUCAAAAUUGAAUUUAUGCAAAGGUGAUAAUCCACUUUUUACAAACAUGUUGGCUAUAAGAAAUUUGACAUUUUCCUGUAUAAAACUACAAUAUGGGGCAAGAUAUGCCAGUGGAGCCCCAAGUCCAAAAACUGGCAUUGUAAUGCUUAAUAUGGGUGGGCCACAAAACAUUGAUCAAGUGCAUGAUUAUUUGUUAAGGAUAAUGACUGAUCGAGAUGUUAUUCAGUUCCCAUUUGCACAAGAUUAUAUGGGACAAUGGAUUGCUAAGAGACGAACUGCAAAAGUUCAAAAAAGAUACCAAGAAAUUGGUGGUGGAUCCCCAAUUUUAAAAUGGACCAUUUUACAAGGCGACUUGCUCUGUAAAAAGUUGGAUAAGGAGAGUCCAGAGACUGCCCCACAUAGGGCUUAUCCCGCCUUUAGAUAUGCCAGUCCUUUCACUGAUGAGGCAUUGGAUCAGCUAAAUAAAGACAAAGUAGAAAGGGCAAUAAUCUUUUCACAAUACCCCCAGUAUAGUUGUGCAACUUCAGGCUCUAGUUUUAAUAUGGUCUAUAGAUAUUUUGAAAAACAUGGUUUGAUGAAAAACAUGAAACUGAGCAUCAUUGAUAGGUGGUCAGCACAUCCCUUAUUAGCAAAAUGUUUUGCUGAUUUGAUAAAGAAUGAAUUGCAAAAUCUUCCAGAAGAUGUAAGAAAUGAGGCUGUGAUUUUAUUUUCUGCUCAUUCAUUACCUCUUAAAGCAGUAAACCGUGGUGACCCAUAUCCAUCAGAAGUGGGCUGCACUGUCCAACUUGUUAUGAAUGAAUUAAGACACUGUAAUCCAUUCCAAUUGGUUUGGCAGUCAAAAGUAGGACCUUUGCCCUGGCUGGGUCCUUUUACUGAUGAUUCGGUCAAAGGUUAUGCGAAACAAGGCAAAAAGGCUUUAGUUGUUGUGCCUAUUGCCUUUGUCAAUGAACAUAUUGAAACCCUACAUGAACUCGACAUUGAACUGGUUGAAGAUGCACAUAAGGCUGGGAUUCAAAUUAUUAGGAGAGUCCCAGCUCCAAAUGAUCAUCCACUAUUUAUAGAAGCCAUGACUGAUAUAGUGAAAAAUCAUUUAAAGAGUAACCAAGCCGUUAAUCCCAAGUUGACUAACAGAUGUCCACAUUGUGAAAAUGAUGUAUGUGCAACUAGUAAAAAGUGGUUUUUUGAAAAUUGUACUUUGUAAACUUUUUAAGUAUAAAUUUAAGAUUUAAGAAUACAUAUUUAUAAGUAUUCUUAAAAUAGGAUGCAUAUAAAUAUUGGAAAUAGUGGUGCAGGAUUGGAGAAACAUGGAUUUUUGUCCCUAGGUGUAAAGAUUAUUGGGUAGGCAGAUAAGAAACUAAGACUUUAUAUUAUUUUGUGAAAAUAAUAUUAAACAUUCUUAAAUUAUUUUAUAUAAUAUUGCAUUAGACUUAUUAAGUUAUUGUUUAGUUAAAUUUUUUAGUUUUGUUAUUGUUUAGUUUUUACGAAAAUUAAAUGCUUCAUUAAUGUUUAAAA